GUUCAUGUUUAUUCAUUGGGUAGUCCUUCACCAAUUGAUGUCCAACCACUUUUGAAUUAUUCACUUUUUGAUGAAUCCCUUCACCCUUCUCCUCCCCCUCCUCGUCAUUGGUUGGAGUAUAAACCAGAGUACCAAGGGCUGUGGUUCACGUACGAUUAUUACGAUUCUGCUCCUCCUGAAAGAGAAACUGAGACUUGUCAGGAGACCCUCAAACUGGGAAAGCAUUCCUUGAUACUCUCACUUGACGUCAUGCACAGGUUGGAUUUCUUUAUCAAUAAGUUUAGAGUUUCACUUGAGGCCACACCAUUAGUAUCUCAAGGUUUAAUUGUGUUAGGUGAUCCUGUUGCCAAGACAAUGUUAAGUAUAACGUCAGAUACAACAUUGAUUCAUCUUCCUCUGAAGUGCCACAUCUCAUCAAGCGAUUCAAAACCCACCACCUCUCUCAUUAUAAACAGAGUCGAUGCUGAGGUUACCAUGGCAAUGUACAGUGGUAAUGCGACACCCACUGACCCUCAGACAUUGCACUUGGAUUGUACUAUAGAGGAAGUGACAUUUAGUAGUGUUGAGUGUAGCAAUGAUAGUAUCAGUCACAUUACUACUGGUGUAUUAGUAACCGAUCGAUCCAUUCUAUGUCCUCAGUUAUUAUUAAGUGUACAUAAUAAGACUGAUGGAUCCUUACAAUCUAGUUAUUAUCAUUUCAAAGCUCCUGAAGUUAAAACUGAUCUCACAUUCCGUAAUCUUAGUCUCUUUUUUACAAUAGCUGCAUCAUGGCUGUCAUCAACAGCCUCUCUUCAUCCUCCUCCUCCAGCUCCUAGUGAGAGAGAUACAACUGAUAGAUUGAUAUUAUUACUGAGGGGUAUCACUGGAGAAUAUUCAAAAUCUGUUUCAGAAGGGACCCUGGUCUCUUUUUGUUUGGGAGAAGCUCUUGUUCAUUUUAUAAGUUCAUCAGUAUCAUCUGCAGUUCCAGUCAUUCAGUCUCCUGCUCCUAUUAGCUCUUGUAUAAAAUCAUUAGCUGAUAAUGCUCUUCAUAAUGUUGGCUCUAAUGUGUUGUCUUCUUUGGAUGAGAGGGUAUUUGAAGUCUGUCUUGCUUGGCCUAGAGAAGGUGUUCCUUUACUUGGGCUUAAAGUAGGAGGCAUUGCUAUGUAUCUACCUCAUCACUUAUUAGCACAAUUUGAAGAAUAUGCUAAACAGCUCCUAGAGAUUUGGUGUAUAUUUAAAGAUGAUCAAGAGGAAAAUAAAGCCAUUCCUGCAUUUACUCGUAAGUCAGGGGAAACUGGGAUGCACAUCUAUAUCAGCCAAUUCAAGAUGGAGGGAGAGAAUUGCAGUGAUGGUGAUGGGGUAGAUCUUGUCUCUGCUACUGAUACUGAUGAUUUUAAUACUGUCAUUGGCUCCUGUGGAGUUAUAUUGUGCACUGUAGCACUCAUCUUUGCCCUCUCUAGUAAAUUCUAUAAAGACAUAGUACAGAGAUUGAUACUCAUCAAACUAAUUGUUCUCAUUCACGUACACAUCUCGUAUCAAGCACGCAUCAGCUUGUAUUGGAUUAACUGCUUUCUCAUGUUCUGGCUUACCGUGACCCUCUUCUCAUACAUUUUCCGUCUCAAGAAG